CCCUUCGUGCCGGCUGAACCACAUUGAUUCAGACCUGUUUGAUCCAGCAGGAGGGACAGACGCUCAGCCGAAACCCAGACAUGUUGGGGAGGAGGUCUUUGUUUGUGGCUCUGCUGGCUGUGGCUGUUGGAGUUUACCUGCUGCCGUCUCCCAUAGACCCAAAACCACAUGUGCUGAAGGGGCCUCCUCCGGCCCUCGAGGGCCUGCUGGCCGUCAACACCCGCCUGCAGAACGGCCGCAGGCUGUUCGCCGGGAAACUACACGGACCAGAAUCCUUCACUGCUGACGAGAGCGGUAACGUGUACACAGGAACGGUGGACGGGAAGCUGUGGAGGAUCGGACCUGACGACAGCCUCACGCUGAUCACACACAUGGGACAGAAUCUACCAGAGUGUGGCAGCAGCACAGACUACGAACUCGUCUGCGGUCGUCCUCACGGAGUCCGUCUGGAUCGACGCGGUCAGCUGAUCGUCGCCGACUCUUACUUCGGACUGCACAGCGUCGAUCCAGAAACCGGGGAGAAGACGCUGCUGCUGGCAAAUUCACAAGGCGCUGAUGGCGUCCCCUUUGCUUUCCUGAACGGCCUGGAGAUUUCCUCCCAAACCGGCAUCAUCUACUUCACCGACUCGUCCAGCCGAUGGGGACGAAGACACGUCAAACUGGAGGUGAUCGAGCUGAACAGCCUCGGACGUCUCCUCUCCUACGAUCCUCGGACCGGAGCUGUGAAGGUGCUGCUGGACUCUCUCUACAUGCCCAACGGCAUCGUCCUGUCGCCCGAUGAAAGCUUCCUGCUGCUGGCCGAGACCAGCAUCGGACGCAUCCUGAGAUAUUGGCUGAAGGGUCCGAAGGCCGGUACCAAAGAAAUCGUCCUGGACAACAUGAUCGGUUACCCCGACAACAUCCGCCUCAGCGACCACGGAACCUUCCUGGUCGGCAUCACGACCCCUCGUUUUCGGAAGCUUCUGCCUCCCUUCCUGGAUAUGAUCGCUCCGUAUCCAGCAGUCAAACGCUUCCUGGCCAAGGUGGUCCCUCUGAGCUGGUACAACCUCCUGCUGCCUCGCUACGCUCUGGUCCUGGAGCUCGGUCUGGACGGCGACAUCGUGGCGACGCUCCACGACCCGGAAGGCCGACUGACGUGGGCCAUCAGCGACGUCUUCCAGCACCGAGGCCGAACCUACCUGGGCAGCACCGACCUGCCCUUCCUGCCAGUCCUGGAGAGCUGAUACUGGACCGCAGAAGAUUACUUGUAGGCUAAUUCACUUUUUUUUAAUUGUAGAUUUUUGUUUUUAAUCCGACGUCUCACAUCGGAGGCGGCGUGUGGAUGCUGCGUUGUCGUUUCUACUCAGAUUAAGCCGAAACUUUUGAUGAACUGGUGAUAAAAAUAUCUCUACCUGGACCGGAUGUUUGCUGACGAGCUGCAGAAGAACAAACUGGAGUUAAAACUGGAAGAAAGCUUAAAAUAGAGACACCUGCCGCCUCUUAAAUCAUCCUCUGACCUUCGUGUCUGUUAUUAGUUUAGUUAGUUUCAAAGCUACCACUGAGAUUCUGGCCUUUAUUGUGAAAAUCUACUAACUUUCUUCCUGUCAGAUCUUAUAUUACCACUGGAAUUUUGAAUGUAGACUGUCUGAAAACUGUAUGAAUGGAAAGUGAGACUUGAAAAUAAAUAUUUAGGGUCCGAGCACCAAA